AGAAAAAGAACUGAGUGCCACACGCUCUCUGAACACUCUUGGCUGACGACGUUUUGUGAUUAAGGACUGAGGUUGUGUUUCCUCAUUCUGCCACAUCAUCAUUAUGGGUUCGGUGUUUACCAAAACCGAAAAGCUGAUUGUCAACUCAGAGAAGACGUCACUUAUCUGUCAAGAAUUCAAAAACGUGGGUGAGGAUGUCCAAACAACCACGCACUGAGCAGUCCAAAAGUGUCACGUCAGAGAAAAGACAGUCCACAAAUGCCAGACAACGGGGGCAAACCUUCCAUCAUAAAGAACUUGUGGAUAUGGUUCGGCUCAUUGAUGAGUUGAGUGCCACACGUGCCCCAAGAGGGCAGGUGAACCAGCAAAAACAUGACAUAAUGUCUCAAGUAGCUACCUAUCUUAAGGAAAAAUAUGGAACAUUCCACACUUCCAAACAAGUAAAAAAACGGUUCUCCGACUUAAAGGUUCGCAAAACUCGUAGACUGGGGUCUAUUCGCCGACAGAUUGCUGAAGAACAUGAGCCAAAGGAAGACACACAGUUGCAGGCAAAAUGUACAGAUGAGGAGGAGCCAAGUGUUAGUGGCAAUUGCAACAAGCCAGAUGAGAAUCAGGAAAUGUUGGUUUGCCCGGAAACAGAAUAUUUUACAUUGCAUUUGCAACCCAUUGAUAGUGAAAAAUUUGAACAACUUCCAGAGCCACAAAGGGAGAAUCCAGAAACCAAAACUAUUAGAUUUCUGGAUCGGAGGCUAUGUCAAAUGCAAGAAGAGUUAACUAGCCAAAUGUCCACCUUAAUCCAAAAAAUGGAGGAGAAAAUAAAUGCAAAACUUGACCAUGUGCUUGCUCGAAUUACUGUUUUGGAAGAAAAAUGCAAUGUUUUGAAUCCGUAAAACACCCCAAAAAUAUACACGUUUCAGUGUUAGGGUGGUUUC